UGUUUGUUUUUCAAAGCAGUACAGUAAACGCUGAUGCUCACGCAAGUAAGCAUGCGUGUUUACGUCCUCCUUUAACUAAUCGAUUCUGUCUGCCAUGUGACCGCAUAACCCGCUCACACGAGCGCCGAGUUGCAUGAUCCGCUUUAAGUUUUUUAAAGUCCGCUGCUACAGCUCGCAGCUGACACGGGAGCUGCCAUGGCGAGCGGCGGCGAGCAGAAAGUGGUGCUGAUCACCGGCUGCUCCUCUGGGAUCGGACUGCGGAUCGCCGUGCUGCUGGCCAGAGACGAACUGAAGCGUUACCAUGCUAAUCACUGAUAUCACACUGUUGAUUUGGAUAAGGAUAACACUGAUUACUCCAAAUCCAACUACAAGAAUUACAGAUGAAUGAUGUUCAGCAAGUUUAUUAUUACAUCUGGGAUUGGCGCUUGAUUUAGUUAUUGCCACUAUGAGAGACCUGAGAAAGAAGGACCGGCUGGUGGAGGCGGCGGGUGACACAUACGGACAGACCUUGACACUGCUGUCCUUGGAUGUGUGCAGUGAUGACUCAGUCAGGAAGUGUAUUGACAGUGUAAAGGACCGCCACAUCGACAUUCUCAUUAAUAACGCAGGCGUGGGUUUGCUGGGCCCUGUGGAGAGCAUCAGCAUGGAUGAAAUGAAGAAAGUGUUUGAGACCAACUUCUUCGGAACUGUGCGCAUGAUAAAAGAGGUCAUGCCGGACAUGAAGAAGAGGCGAGCUGGCCACAUAAUCGUCAUGAGCAGCGUAAUGGGCCUGCAGGGUGUGGUAUUCAACGAUGUCUACACGGCCUCUAAGUUUGCCAUAGAGGGCUUCUGUGAGAGUAUGGCUGUCCAGCUGCUGAAGUUUAAUGUGAAACUAUCUCUGAUUGAGCCAGGCCCAGUGCAUACAGAGUUUGAAACAAAGAUGAUGGAAGAGGUGGCCAAGAUGGAAUAUCCUGGAGCAGAUGCAGACACGGUCAGAUACUUCAAGGAUGUGUACAUACCAUCGUCCAUCGAUAUCUUUGAGGCACUGGGACAAACCCCUGAGGACAUUGCUAAAUGCACCAAGAAAGUGAUUGAAUCCAGCCGACCCCGAUUCCGGAAUCUGACCAACAGCCUCUACACACCCAUCGUGGCCAUGAAAUACGCGGAUGAGAGCGGAGGACUCUCAGUGCACACUUUCUACAACCUGCUCUUUAACUUCGGCUCACUUAUGCACAUCACCAUGAGCAUCCUCAAAUGCCUGACAUGCAGCUGCCUGCGCAGACGCACUAUUUCUCCUGACUGAAGAGGGCAGCAGUGAGACGCACACGCUCCCAGUUCCCUCAGUUUACAGCAGAACGGACACAACUCAAUGCAGCAAACAAUAGAAUAUAAUACCUCAAAGGAAUAAUCCACAUUAAAACACACAAGAAUAAUUUGGAUUUUUUUUUUUCACAUAAUCAAAUGAGUUAGACAUUGUUUUAAAGGAAUAAGCUGGUUUAAGUUAUUACCAUGAUUGUCAAUUUUGGAGCAUUUUUGUGUUUACAAAUAAAGAAAAACCAGUUCAUGAAAUCAAACCAUACACCAUAACAGACCAUUCCAAAAGCGAAUUGUGAUGCUUAUGAUGGUCAUGACUGAACUGAAAAAGAGUCACAUAGCUGCCUUUAUUUGUACUAAUGAUUUACAAUGUCUGUUUAACUCUUUCCCCGACACUGACGGAAUUUUCCAGCUUUCCGUGUUUCCACUUUCGUAUGGUAGGAGGCACUAUUAGACGUCUUCUGAAAGAGUACUGAACGUCUGGAUCAAAACUCGACUGGCAGAGACCCAUCUGGGAGUAGACAAGUCUGAAGCUCAGAGGGCAGAGGACUGAUGCAUUACUGUUGCCGGAAGUUUUCUCAAGGACUGACUACUGAGGAGUCAAAAUAUAUACUUGGGAAGACUGAGGACUGUGAAGUUUAGUUAGUGAGAAUAUAGUAUAUUUGGGUGUUGUGAGGAACCAUUAUUUUUGACCAAUAGUCUGUAUAGGUACAGAAAUGGAAUGGAAAGAAACGGGCAGUAAGAGUAUGGGUUUGCAGUGAGGAAGAUGAGAGAAGGGUAAAUGAGUGGGGAAGAAUGGAGAAAAAACAAAAAGAAAGAAAAAAGAAACAUCCAGCAUUGUAUUGUCAGGAAGUGAAGAGAAGGAGAAAAGAAUGAACAUAUUUGUUAGAAGGAGAUGAAUGUUUACCUGUUUAAAUUAACAAAAAUCAUUUAAGGACAGCUUUGAGAAGUGAAAUAUCCAAGGAUUCCAGGAGAUGAGAACUUGCUAAUUGAAUGUAAUAAUAAAGUUGGAAAAGGAAAGUUGAAAAUUUGGCAAAUGUUGGCAAAGUUAAGGAACUUAAGGUGGUUAGAGAUGGGAAAAGAGAAUCAGUGGAUGCAAGGGAGUAAUCUAAGGCGUUCCCAUUAAUGUUAAUGUAAGGGAACUAGUGGAAAACUUAGAUGUGAGAAAUGGCACAGUGUAAAGUGUAAGAAGAAUGACGAAAGGAGUAGAGAAAAAGGAAACUUUUUAAAGGCCUAUUAAAAUGUUUAUUGUAAGAUUAA